UUUUCAAAGACAGAAUUAAACGCUCUUUUGGCCUUGUCACUUGUCACUCUUGGCUAACUUCUUCUUCUUGUCUCUUUAUAUAUACUUCACCUGAUAAAUAUUAAGUCCCCACUAAAAAACAGAUUAACUAGUACUAUAUAAUCCACCAGACCACCACCACUACUACCACAAACACAAAACUUUAUUUUCUCAACCAACUUGAAAGAUUUUCUUAGUUAAUUGUAAUUUCUUUUUUAUUAGUACCAUAUAAACACACAAGUUAUAUACAUCAUGGGAGUUUCAGGGACUCUGGAAUAUUUGUCUGAAGUACUUAGCAGCGUUAAGAAGAGCAAGAAAAAGAAACAAAUCGCGACUGUAUCCAUCAAGAUUAGAAUGGACUGUGAAGGUUGUGUUCGUAAAGUUAAGAAAGUUCUCUCUGGGGUCAAAGGUGCAAAAUCAGUGGAUGUGGACUUAAAGCAACAGAAAGCAACAGUAACAGGAUUUGUGGAGCCAAAGAAAGUGUUGAAGGCAGCACAAUCCACUGGCAAGAAAUGUGAGAUUUGGCCAUAUGUGCCAUAUAGUAUGGUGGCACAUCCUUAUGCUGCUGGUGUUUAUGACAAAAAAGCACCUCCCAAUUUUGUAAGGGCAACUACUGAUCCUGCUGUUGCUCACUUAAAUCCUGUUGAAGAACAAUAUUCUCUUAUGUUUAGUGAUGAAAAUCCAAAUGCUUGUAAUAUUAUGUAGUUAACUUCCUUGUAUUUAGUUUUUUUUUUCUUUCUUAUAAAGUAUACUCCUUUAUUGUACUGUAUAAAGUAUUUCGAUUUGCAAAUUAAAAGUAUAUAUCUUGAUUGUCUUAUAAGAAGAAUUUUAAUUUUA